GAGCUUGGAGAAAGAAGCAGAGAGGCACAGAGACAGACAGACAAACAAGAGACAUUCACAGGGUUUUUGCUUCUCACUUCACAGGAGCUGCCAUGACAUUUGCUUCUUGCCCUCGAAAUGCACCAUCAGGCAGAGGAAUUGUAAAGUACAAGUGCUGAGAAGCAGAACAGGAGCAAGGGGGGGGGGGAUAUUGCAGCAGGAUAAUAUUAAGAUUUUCUUCUUGUGUUUAAAUUUUUUUGGAAGGUGGGGGGGGGGGGGGGAAUUUCUUUUUUUGUACAAAAAAUGGCAGCCAACUGUAGUGCCAGUGCCAGCAAGACCAAAACCAAGAAGAAACACUUUGUGGCUCAGAAGGUGAAGCUAUUCAGAGCCAGUGAACCCCUGCUCAGUGUCCUGAUGUGGGGAGUCAACCACACUAUCAAUGAACUGAGCCAUGUUCAGAUUCCUGUUAUGUUGAUGCCAGAUGACUUCAAAGCAUUCAGCAAGAUAAAAGUGGACAAUCACCUUUUUAACAAGGAGAAUCUCCCAAGCCGUUUCAAAUUUAAGGAGUAUUGCCCGAUGGUUUUUAGGAAUCUGCGAGAGAGAUUUUGCAUCGAUGAUCAGGAUUACCAGAACUCAGUAACAAGGAGUGCCCCCCUAAACAGUGACGCACAGAACCGGAUGGGAGCUCGAUUCUUAACCACAUAUGACAAGAGAUUCGUCAUUAAAACCAUAACUAGCGAAGAUGUAGCAGAGAUGCACAAUAUUUUAAAAAAAUACCAUCAGUAUAUUGUGGAAUGCCAUGGUAACACACUUCUUCCCCAAUUCCUGGGCAUGUAUCGGUUAACGGUGGAUGGAGUUGAGACUUAUAUGACCGUAACAAGAAAUGUAUUUAGUCACAGACUUACUGUCCACAGGAAAUACGACCUGAAGGGUUCAACAGUAUCGAGGGAAGCCAGUGGAAAAGAAAAGGCCAAGGAGUUGCCAACGCUGAAAGACAACGACUUUCUAAAUGAAGGCCAGAGAAUUCAAAUUGGAGAUGAAAAUAAAAAGAUGUUUCUGGACAAACUCAAGCGUGAUGUUGAGUUUUUAGCACAGCUGAAGAUCAUGGAUUACAGCCUGUUAGUUGGUAUCCACGAUAUAGAUCGUGCGGAGCAAGAGGAGGUAGAAGUAGAGGAGAAAGGUGAAGAAGAAGAUUGUGAAAACGAUGGAAUGAGCCAUCCUGUUGGCUCCUAUGGAACUCCACCAGACAGUCCUGGAAACAUGUUGAACUUCCCACGGAUCUUUGGACCAGGAGAAUUUGACCCAACCGUGGACGUGUAUGCUAUAAAGAGCCAUGACAAUGCUCCAAGGAAGGAGGUUUUCUUUAUGGCAAUAAUUGACAUUUUAACUCACUAUGAUGCAAAGAAGAAAGCUGCCCAUGCUGCCAAAACAGUGAAACAUGGGGCUGGUGCCGAGAUCUCAACAGUUAACCCCGAACAGUACUCGAAGCGUUUCUUAGAAUUUAUGUCCAACAUCAUCACAUAGUGCCAUGCAGCACACACAACACGCACAACGAAAGACUACUGCUGAGUAGCAAAUGCAGCAACAUGGGGACGAAAGCCGAGGACACUGUAGUGGUGCGUGCAGUAUUUAAUGUGCAGAGACUAAUCUCAAAGUUGCAUCCUUUGGAAACAAAAGAAAAACAAAAAAAAAACACACACACACUUAAUGGCAAAGAUGCUUUGCCUCAAAUUUUGCAUUACUCUUGAAGUUUUCCCUGUCAUGCAUUCUGAGUGUGUCUUUACUGGCAUUAGCUUCAGUGGCACGCCAUAAGCCACGAUGAGAUGUUCUGCAUGUUCUUAAAACUGAAUGGUGGGCACUCGCACACAGUGAAGGACAACAGGGCACUUUGACCAUGGCAAGAAUCACUUUUUUUUUGAAGAACAGUUCAGAUAUUGUUCUGACAGAACAAAGGCACGGUGUAUAGUUUGUGUGUAACUUUGUGUAGCUGUGCUCAUCCCAUCCCUGGUUCUGCCGCUGUUAACCUGUGCCAUGCUGUUUCUCAAACAUUUUUAAGUUGCCAUGUUGUCUAAUUGCAGGAAAGAAAAUAAGACUUUUUAGCAACUAUCAAUAAACCAACGCAACUAUAUAAAUAAAACCAUUGUUUGUUUGGGGAUGGGGAGGGCUGGCAUGGGAGGAAGGGAAGGGGAAUGUUUACUAAAAAGCAGUGUAACAUGUACAAUAGGAUGCUGCAUAUCCUGGUUACCCUCGAUCAUAUCCAGUUAUGGAAUCUGUGGCUGUCCCAGAGAUCAGAUGUGAUCCGGGUAAAUUGACUGGAUCUGCAACAUCCCAAAUGUAUUCUAAACGUUUACUUAUUUUUUGUUACUUGGCAAGAGGGCUGGUGUUUACUUUGAUGUGGACUACUUGGCUUUUCAAGAGAGUACCGUCUGUAAUUGUGCUUUAAGCUAUUUUUUUUUGUGGACAAUGUGUCAUUCUGUCUUCUAGGUCAAUAGACAUGAGUUAAAGGGUGAUUUUUUUAAAUAGCUAACUCCUUUGUAAGGAACUUUAAAAAAAAACUCGAGAUUCUUUUGACAAAGUAUAGAGUUAGCUGUUGAAUCUGACGUUACAAAGAGGUAACUAUGAUAAUAAUGUUGUUUGGUAGUAUUUUGUAAAAAAAACUACCUAAUUGAUUGGUGAUUGAAUCCUUAAGGAAUCAGAAAUAUUACAAAAGAUACUGCAGCUGUUUUAGCAAAGAAAAAAAAUUCUGGAUGUGUGCAAAUAAAAUACACUGACAGCAGGCAUCAAAUUUGAACCACUUACGUGUAGUUUGCAGAAAUCAUAGAAGGAAUUGAUUGGCACUUUAACCUUUAACAGAAUUUUGCGUAUGCUGUUAAUUACGUGUAGCAUAACAGAUAUUAAUGGAGGAGGUGUGCUUGUUCUGCAUUUGGUCGUGACUGAUUGACCAUUGAUAUGUAUAUGUCUAAAGCCAAUGAAGAAUCUACACGUUAAUGUUUGCGCCCAUCUUAAUGUUUGAACUGUCACUAACCCAUUACUUUAUAUGGACUUUUUAAUACAAAACUUUCUUUACUAAAAGGAUGGUGGCCAUUUUACUAAAUGAUCAGACAAUUUUAUAAUUGGAGACAGUAGACACAGGGUGUUGGAUGAGUGAAUAUUACAGGAAAAAAGUAGUAAUGCGCCUUCUGACACCCUAACUGUGUGCUGGAAAAAAAAAUGUACAAUUCUUGCACUGUGUAUGUUGUAAUAGAGAUUCUAGUGCAGUUGUAGCUAGCUCGAAAUAAUUGUAAAGGAUGAUAAAAGGAACAUUAAAACUACUGCCUAAA